CGCCUCCUCUCCUCAGCCGCCACCAUGAUGACCACAUCCCCAUCGCAGGUGCACCAGAACUACAACCAGGACUCAGAGGCCGCCGUCAACCACCAGAUCAACCUGGAGCUCUACGCCUCUUACGUCUACCUGUCGAUGUCCUACUACUUUGACCGUGAUGAUGUGGCUUUCAAGAACUUUGCCAAAUAUUUUCUUCACCAAUCUCAUGAGGAAAGGGAACAUGCAGAGAAACUUAUAAAGCUGCAAAACCAACGCGGUGGCCGAGUCUUCCUUCAGGACAUCAAGAAACAAGAACGAGACAACUGGGAGAGCAGGCUGAAUGCAAUGGAGUGUGCAUUACACUUGGGGAAAAGGGUGACUCAGUCACUACUGGAACUGCACAAACUGGCCACUGACAAAAACGACCCCCACUUGCGUGACUUCAUCGAGACCCAUUACCUGAAUGAGCAGGUAAAGUCCAUCAAAGAAUUGGGUGACUACGUAACCAACUUGCGCAAGAUGGGGGCCCCGGAUUCUGGCUUGACAGAGUAUCUCUUCGACAAGCACACUCUGGGAAAUGGUAAUGAUGAGAGCUAA